UUUAUAAUGUAUUAAAGAGCAUAUAUCUUAUACUGAUGUUAUUAUAUUUAAAACUGUAUGAAACUGAUUUAUUUCGUUAUUAUACAACAAGGUCAUGUCCAGCGUACGAUUAGAUAAAGUAUAUUUCGGUUCAACUUUCCAUCAGUUCUUUCGCAGCUUUCCGCUGACACAACCGCUUAAUUUUUAUCUAAAGGAAAUUGAUAUCGCAUCGAGUAGUUGUUUUUAUCAUUUCAUAUUCCUACGUUUCAAUUUUAUACUUCCAUUCUUUUCAAAACGAUAUUAAUAUUUUACAAAUAAAUUUUUAGUUAACUACCCAUCGAUAUAUCAACUAUGGCCACUUUAGAUGUUAACGAACUUAAUAUAACAAAAAAACAGCUGCACGUGCCUUCGCUUGAUGAAGUAAAAGAAGUUCUAAAGGAAGGCUUGCUUACAAAUUUUGCUGAGUUUCAAGUUGAAGUUGUCGAUUGUCCAAAUUUAAUGCAAGAACCUUUUACGCUUGCUGCACCAGGAUUAGGAGGUAAUCCUACAUUGCUAGAAAUUGGUGGUCCACCGUUCCUUCUUCCUAUGGUACAGAGGAAUAAAGUAUAUGAUAUCCGACAACUUCUGAACCACUUGCAAUACAAUAAAGAUUCCUUUGUCGUUGGUGCUGGUGCAGGUCCAUGGCCUUACGCAAACACCAAUUGCGAACUUAUGAUGAAUGUAGCCAUUUCAUCAUCCAAUGUAACGAAUGGAACUCGUAUUUCGUCUGUUGACAAAACGAAUGGAAAUUGUGUGCUCCAAACUUUGCCUAACGAAGAAACAAGAUGCGCUUUGCUGGCCAAUUUAUUUGUUAGCGAAGGCAAACCUGGUAAGGUCUUACAAGUGCGUGCUAAAAAACGUACCGGUAAUGAUGAUUUUAUUGCGUGUAUGCAGAAAGCGAUAGCACAGCAUUAUCAAAAUGAUUUAGUUGGACUAGGCGGAACAUUUUUAAUGAAAGAUGGAAAAAUUAAACAGCAUAUUAUGCCAGACUUUUCGGCAACUCCGCUUAAUACCGAAGCGCAACUUAAUAAUUGGUUAAAUUUCUUUAACAUGUCAACGCCUCUAAUAGCUGUUGGUACAUUUGUUAGUUCUGAAAGUGAUGUGGAUCUCCGUGUUCAACAUUUCCAUAGUUUCUCUCAUCAUGGAGAAGGAGGUCAUUAUCAUAUUGAUACAACUCCAGAAACUAUAGAAUACUUGGGUUACUUUAAUUUGGGUACUACACUCUAUCGUAUAGACCAACCAACGACUAAAGUGCAAUUUGGAAAAGAUUGAUUUCUUUUAUUCGAUCGUAUAACAAUAUUUCGUUGUUUAAAUAGAUCAAAAUAAAAGGCAUUCAUUUUUUUUAAUUAUUUCAUCGUUAUGAAGAAAAUACAUAUUGGGAA